ACUGGGCCGAUAUCGUCAGUAGCAUUGGUACGUUGUUUCGUAUAUUUGGCUAGGAAAAAGCAAUUAGUUCACAAAAUUAAAAAUGUUCAAACAUAACCUGCUAGUGUGUGUAGUUUUGGCUGCGUUUAUCAUCACAACUGGUGCUCAGCGUAAUCCUUGUCUGGGCAUACCUGAUGGGAUGUUUGUUAAUGAUUUCACAUCCUGCGAAGGGUAUUUCUUAUGCAUGAGUGAAACUCCAACACAUGCCCAAUGUCCGCCUGGUUUCUAUUUCAACGAGGCACAGCAGCUGUGCGAUUUUCCGCAGAAUGUGUUCUGUCACGUGUGUAAUCAACAAAACGGUGUCCAGCUAUUUCCACAUCCCACAAAUUGCGACCAGUUCAUCACUUGCUCAAACGGGAUCUCGUUUGUUGGCAAUUGCAAGACCGGCGAAACGUACGACGUAGUUUUGCAGGCGUGCAAGAGUGAAAUGCGCGUUGAUUGUGAACGUUUGAGAUGUCCCGAUAUCGACAACCCUAAUGUUGUGGUAUUUAUUCCGGGCAUUCAGUCGUGUGAUGAGUAUUUCUUAUGUCAAGCUGGAACACCAAUUCAGCGGUUUUGCGCUCCGGGAUUGCAUUGGAACCGAGUUGCUCAACGAUGUGACUUUCCCGAAUUGGCUCAGUGCCCAUUGUAAACUAUGAAUACGACCGUUUGCUGGGUUUCAUCGUGAAAAAGAAGAAGAUGUCACAACAAAACGAUUUAGCCCUCCAUUACUAUGCACAUCUCGCACUCGAAAAAUAUGUUUAAGUUAUUUGAUUUACAAAUAGAUGCUUUAGUUAUAAGCAGAACGGUUAUAAUGAAUAAAAGAAGUAAUUUGUUUAAUUUCCUACAAUAAAA